AUGGCGAAUAAAUCAAUGUACGGCAAUGUGAUUAAGAGUGAGUUUUAUCUGGAAAUUGUCUAGUUGCACAGAUGUUUUUCAGACGAUUUGGAUGUAGACGGGAUGAUUGUGAAAAUCCUGAACGUCGGAGUAGAUGGACCUUUCCAGGAGGUUGUUUCAGCUCGAGAUGUUUCUGUUCUUCUGGACAUGGCCAAGUGAGAAAGCAGAAGAAGUCAUUAAUUAACUCACUAAUCUUCAGAGUCGUUUUCAUGAAGCAAGGAUCAAUGGUCGAGCUGGAAGCGCCCGUCAAAAUCUGCGGAGACGUGCACGGACAGUACUCGGACGUGCUGCGCCUGUUCGACCGCGGCGGGUUCCCUCCGUUCGUCAACUACCUCUUUCUGGGUGAUUACGUGGAUCGCGGAUCGCAAAGUCUUGAAACCGUCACUCUUUUUCUCGCUUACAAAGUCAAGUACCCGGGAAACUUCUUCAUGCUGCGUGGCAAUCAUGAAUGCGGAGCCAUCAACCGUGUCUACGGAUUCUUGGAUGAGGUCGGCCGGAAGUACGAUUCCAAGAUCGCUGGCACACUUUGGAACAACUUCCAAGUGAGAUCUUUCUCAAUUUUCUCUGCUCCACGUGUUUUCCGUUCCAGAACUGCUUCGCUUGCAUGCCGUACACUGCUCUCGUCGCCGGGAAGAUCCUCUGCAUGCACGGCGGAAUCAGCAAGCGGAUGACGAGUCUAAAUCAGCUCCGCAAGUUGCCCGUCCAGUCCUCGACAUUCCCAACAACUCUCUCGAGAUUGACCUUCUCUGGUCGGACCCCGAUGCGACCAUUAGUGGAUUUGAGAACAGCACGCGCGGAGUCGGUCAGGUGUUCGGCAACGAGGCGCUGAUCGAAGUGAUGGAGAGACUGGGAGUGGAACUGAUCGCCCGUGCUCACCAGGUCGUCCAGGACGGCUACGAAUUCUUCUGCAACAAAAGACUCGUGACGGUCUUCUCGGCUCCUCAUUACUGCGGGGAAUUCAACAAUGCGGCCGCAAUGAUGAACGUCGACAAGAACUUGAUGUGCUCUUUCCAAGUACUUUCUCUCUUUAACUCUUCACUCAAUGUCUCUAUUUUCCAGAUCAUGAGACCGAAAGUAUCGAGCAAUUCAAAGAACGACUGA